GCAUUGCUACUUGACCAGUAUUCUUUGUUUCUCUUUUCUUCUUGUUUAUUUUCCUUCCUUCAUCAAUCACACAUCGUUGUCGAUUUUUCUCCUUACAAUUGCAAUUGAAUACUUGCAUACGCACAAUGCCUUCUGUCAAGAGCCUUUUGUCGGCUGCCGCUCUGGCAUGCCUGGCCAGCGGAGAGACGAUCAAGAUCACAGCAACUUCGUCAAACACUUUCGACCCAUCAACCAUCACGGCAUCCCAUGGCGAUAUCCUUGAAUUCCACUUUGAGCCCAAGAACCACAGUGUGGUUUCGGGUCUCUACGCCUUCCCUUGCACGCCCAUGCAAUUGGGCACCGGCUUCUUUUCAGGAUUCUCCUUCAACACCACCGAUGGCGAAGCAGACAAAGUCUUCCGCGUCACGGUAAACGGAACGGAACCGACUCCCUUCUACUCCUCGCAGGGCAACGAGUGCUCGGGUGGAAUGGUUGGAAUCAUCAACCCAAGCAAGAACCAGACCCUCGCAGACUUCAAGAAGCGGGCCUCUGCCUUGGCACGCAGCGUCUCGCCCGGCAGGACAAGCUUUGGUGGUGAAAUCGCCGACAACGACGACGACUCAUCCAACUCUACCAGCAGUGGCAACGGCAGCAGUGGCGGCAAGGGUGGCAGCAGCGGUGGCAGCAGCGGCAGCGGCUCGGACAAGGACGGUAAGGAUAACGGCAGUGUCUCUUUGUCUGUGUCGAUUGGAGCACUGGCGCUUGCUAUGCUCAUGGCCAUUUAAGACUGCAAGCGUCUAACUACCUGGGCCUUGGAGUUUGUCCAGGAAAAAGCCCACCAGAUUGUUUGCAAAGAAAAGGAUACCCCUAUCAUAGAAUAUUAAUUUAGACUGUCUUUGAAAAAGUAGUGCUUACGGCUUGGACGUUGUCGGCAAUAGUAGUGGAUACUACCUACCUAUUUUUGAGGAUACGAGGAAUAUGAAAGAUGACGGAUUUGAUUAGUUUUUGGUUGCUGUUUUGAGCAGAGACUUGAUUAAUUUGUAAUAUGGAAUAUAUUAUACUAAUACG